GUAAGCGAACCGCUCGCUCGGUGUCAUCUACCCCUCUCGCGAGUGUAAAAAAGAUAGACGCUACAGGUACCCUCUUCCAAUGAUACAUGACAGUAAUUUUGCGCCUACUAACAUUUGAAUAUACAACAGGUCUCGUGAGUGAUGUUGAAGUUUAUGUGUAAAUAUGACGGUUGAAGAGUGAUUUCAAGUGAUAUAGAAAACAGUUAUGGUGUAAUCAGUAUUUAAAGCUUGGGUGAUGGUGCCUCUUCAGAUAUUGUCAUGGUGGUCAACACUGCUCCUGUUAUCAACCCUAAAACGAGGAAGCGGUCAAGCGACGGAGGUCGAUGUACGGAUAUCAGCGCCGAGCUGGGUCGCACGUGGUGGUUCAGCAACCCUUCGCUGUCUCCAUCAAGUGCCACCGCAGCUGCUUUAUAAGGUGGAAUUUCUGAGGUCCGGUGCGAAGCUACUCCAGUAUGUCAGGGAGAGGAAACCACCGUACACGAAUUAUACAUUCCCUGGUGGGAAACUGAACAUGUCUCUGGUGACUGAGAAUUCUAUUACACUUGAUAAUCUGGACCCGACCGCCUCCGGGCUCUACUGGUGUGAGGUGUCCCUGGAGACGCCAAUAUUCACGGCCGCCUCUCCACCUCACCAGCUUACCGUCGUAUACUCGCAAAAACACCCUCCGAUAAUAACAUUCGGAAAGCCUGAUGUGGUAGUUGGCGGGUUGCUGCGUGCCAAUUGUACGAGUGCACCCGCUGCGCCCGCGCCGCGCCUCACUUGGUAUAUCGACAAUGAAAAGGUGCCCGACGAAUCCAUUAGAUAUUUCUCCUACCGUGUGUCUAGUUCAACGAGGACCAAGGGGGGAAGCGGUUACCGGCACCGGAAAUACCAACAUCGAUAUAUUGCCCCCGAAUUCAACUACACUGCCAAGUACUGGUCACUAGUGAGCGAAAGUACAACACAGUCGCCGGCUAACCUGACCAAGCAAAGUAAAUGCGCCUUGAAGGAUGGAAAUGAUGACGUUGCUAAGAUUCGAAAAAGACCUCGGGAUCCAUCCCCACCCCCAAUAUCUCUAUGGGUAUCGAUAGCUGAACUGCGGACACCAGCUCACGGAAGACUUCAACUUACAUGUACCGCUACAAUACCCGACGAAGUUGGCCCGGGGGAACGAUAUGCAGACAUCAAGAAACAAACUGUUACAGUGGCCGUGAAUGAGCUCAGUUUGAAGAGACCGCGAACCGACACUUCGUAUGCUAAUGCGACAUCCCCGCGUCUUCAAAAUUACCACCCAUUUCUACUGAUUGGCUACGGCUUCCUAAUAAAUGAGCUUCGACAACCUUUAUAUUAAAAAAAAAAAACAAAGUUUGAUAUCCAUAGAAUAUAUAGCUUCAUAUAGUUAACUCGUGCGAUAUGUUUUCACACUAAUAAUAUUAUACUUUCAGCUCGGUAUAAUUGUAUUACCGGCUAUAAAAUAAUAAAAUACUGAAAAACGAAAUUUAAUUUUAAAGCAUUUAACAGCGCUAUAUAUUAUAUGGAUAAGGCUACCUGCAUUGAUCGAUAUCGCUUAAAUUAGACAUAGUACAUAUUAAAACUUAUUAGUGAUCUCAUAAUAUUUUCGCCCUAAUUUAAUUAUUAACGGUAGUAAAAUUAUUUUUAUAAAAUAAAAUUAUUUUUCUAGUGUAGAUAUGAAACCUUUUGAAAAUCUAUUUGUAAUAUACUUCUAGUUCAACUUUUAUGCUUUUUAUCUGAGUAAUAUAUUUUUAAUCAGUUUUAAUAUACUAUCAUGAAAUAUAAAAAUAUAA